CAUGUGAUUGAAAAAUAAACAACGGUCUAUGUGUAUUAACCAGUUAAAAAUAAGACAUGUUUGAAUCAUCUGUGUAAUAGUUUCUAUAUAAGUGCAUUAUUACUCAAUGUUAGGAAGUUAAUUUUAAUUUCAUAGAAAAUAAGGAUGAGUGUUUAUAUUCUGAAAAUAAUCUUUUUAGUAGCUCUUAUAGAGCAGAAUUUUAUAGUUGAUGCUAAUGUGCUCCAACAAAACAAAACUACGCACCAUGUGCGUAGAUCAAGUAUGGAUGAUAGUUUUUUCAAAAAUCAAAAAGCUCCUUCUUACCGAUCGUUUCAACCAGUUUCUAUCAAGUACCAUAAGACCACCUACCCUCGAGCUGAUGAUAGGCCUGACUACGAUAUAACAUCGUACGACACUGAGUAUGGAGGAGUCGUCUCUAACUUCACGUCUUCCAUUUAUGAUGAUAAUCCGCCGUUGUACCCCAAUCCUGAAUUUAUUUCAAGGACUAAUCAAGUGAUCAAGUCUGAAAGUAAAGUGGCGGAAACGGAAGUCGAUCUUCCCGAUGACUCCCUAGCAGACGCGGAUCUAAAGGAACACAAUAUUAUCGAUAGUGUAACUUACCUUUACGGGUUCAAUAACUGCCACGUUCGCAACGAAUGGAUGAUACUGAUCUUCAUAACUUGCGGUAUCGCGAUAUUAUUGGUGUUAGCAGCGAUGGCAUGGUUAAUGUGGAGUGCGCCUGCAGCUGAUUUCCGACGUGGCAGCAAACUGUACCCAAUCAACAUCAACUUGUGCUGCUGUCUCGCAGCUUGCACGCUGAUCUACGUACAGGCGGCUAUGGGUGUGUCAUCUCCAUCACAAUGUGAACGAGUAGCCUUACUUCUUCAUUAUACCUAUCUCACUUGUGCAAUGUGGAUAGUGGCGCUCGCAGCCGCAGUCGCCGAAUACUGCGCCUGCGACACUCUGUUGCCAUUGAAGUAUAACUACUUACUCGCUUAUGGUGUGCCUGCUGUCGUCGUCAUGUUCAAUUACGCUCUUUCUAUGGAGCAUUACGAAAUAAAACAUUACUGCUGGAUGUCCAUCGAGAAAGGCAUGGUUAUGGGCUUCAUGGUGCCUGCCAUGGUUUUAAUCUUGAUCAACACUGCCAUCAUAAUUCUAGGCCUACAAAGCGUUAACAAGAAACAAGCUGAAAUGCUAACAGCUAAAAUACAAGAAUUAGUUGACCACCACAUAGCAAAUUGGCCGAAAAAUGAGCAACUUGAGGAUAAUAAAAAUGGCAGCAUAGAUACUUUGAAUAUUUACACUCCCGGAAGUAGCAGGAAGAAUACAGACAGCACGGAUACUUUGGAUAAAGAAUAUAAUUUGAGUGAAGAUGAUUGCGGUUAUGUUAAUUUGCAUCUGCCAGGUAAUACUGGAAACGGCGAAUGCGGAAUUGAAAAUGAGUCGAACGCUAAAACGAUUAACGACAAGGGGCUACUAAAUAUGUUGUACAAUGACAACUUAUCCUGGAAAUGGAGCUGGAACACGGAAGGGAACGAAUUGAAAACAUAUUUACACCUGUGUCUGGUGUUAGAACCUUUCUUCGCCAUCAACUGGGUGAUGGGUGUGGUGGCUAUAGAAAACGCCGCGCAUUGGUCUACUCCGACUAUUUACCUCAUACUCGUCGUCGCGAUGUACGUGUACUUGACUGUAACAAUCUGUACGACUUUGCCGAUUGUUCGUAACAAGAACGCGAAUCAACCAUGCUGUGAAGAUGUUGUAAUCGAGCCUGCCAUCGCUAGAACUAGGACAACGGACAGCAUUCCUCUCCUAGACCCGGCGAUACAGCAGCCCAGUGUGACUCCGGCCCCGGCAGACACCAUCAGUACGAUCAGCAUAUAAUCCAGGCCUUAAAACAUACUGGUUCAAUCUAACGAGCGAAGAAAAUCCGGUACCACGUUUGUGGACAACCUAUGUUCCACUGCGGAUCAAUCGAAUCGGAUAGAUCUUUACGAAACAAUGUGGUACCUUCUUCAAAAUGCUCUAAAAUGACGCGUCUUAAUCAAUGGAAUGGAAGUGUGUGCGAGACACUUUCGUUCAUGAUUGCAUUCAUAUUUAUAGAUUAAUGAUAAAAUAAUCAUGAUGAAACAGUUUUUAAAGUUGCUGAUUUGAUAAAAAUAUUCGAUGAGAAAUCAUUUAUUUAUUCGAUAGUCGAAAAACAUGGUAUAAAUUAGUAGGAUAACUUUUUCAGCACUGGCAAUAUUUUUUAAUUAAAUGAAUGUGAUUGGUCCAAUUGCGACAAGUAUUGCCAACAAUACCGACAUCCUGUUUCUGUUCUAUUUUGCAAAAUUAUUUUCGCGCGUAUUUUAAAAACUACGAAAUCUUACAACGUACAUUUUUUACAGAACUUUUAUGAGAUACACGGUUUAAGUACUUAAAUAUAUUCACAAAUAUCAAUCAAGGAAUUUUAAGACUUGUUGUUUAAAGUCUCAUUUAAAGUAUUACUUAAUUAAUACUUAUACUAUUAUUACAAGAGUGUGUCUCUUGACUUGUUUCAGUAGGAUAAUUUUGUUUAUUACAGAUACCAACUGAUUUUAAAUAUAAAAAAGGAACAAACUUAAAAGUAGGUUCUUUGUCAUUUACAAAACUACUUUUCGACGACAAUUUAUCUACUUUAAAAUGAAGCUUCUGUAAGUCCUUAGGGGCGUGUUUUUUCCAAAAUACAGUCAGUAGGUACAUGAUUAUUUACAAGUCUAUUAAUAUUUCCUUUUGAAUGAUGGAAGAUUAUUUAACGAAAGGUGUGGACUGCAGUCGUUUUCCGGCAUGGAUUAAAUAACACUAUUUCUGGCGACUUGCAGUUCUGCUCAUUCUCAUAUAUUACGGGCGUGAGUUCUGUUGUCACUGGUGUUUGAAGUUAUAUUAUAAUAACAAAGUAAAUAAAUACUGAAUUUGAUUACGACCAAUGAAUUAAUAUAUUUCUCUAAAGUUAAAAAGGUUAACAUCUAUUCAGAGAUGGACUCUAUUAAAGUACAUAUCUAAAUUGUUAGAGGAUAUUACCAAAUAAAAAAAUCGUUAAUCCAUUUAAAUAAAAUGUAAUUUUGGAAUGUUUCAUCUUCAAGAUAAUAAUUAAGAGGUUUUAAGAAUUUUAAAAUUCUUCGAGUGCAUUAUUUAGAUUGUAGAUAAGUAAGAAAUAAAUAAUUGUGAAUUGAAACGAUUUCAAUCUAUUUAGAGCAGAAUAACAUUUUGUAGUUAUUUGGAUCGCUUAUCUUUGAUGCCUAUUUAUACAAAUAAAAGCAGUGUAUGCUAGAAAACGCACAAUAUUUUUAAAAUUUAAGAGCUACCUUCAAUAGGUACUUAUUUUCAUAGAGGGCCUGGUAUGGGGAGUGGGGGGGUCGAGUUUUUUCUUCAACCAAAUGCUAUACUGAUACCUACUUAGCAUAGCACCACUGCUUUUAUUUCAACUAUUUAAUAGUUACUGUAUUAACUACAUUUUCUAUACAAAUUUACCUACGCUGUCUAUACCACAGUACCUCUCUAUAUUUCUCAUGAUGUUCAAAAGGGCAAUAAUAAUUUUGUGGGUAUCUGACGUUACAUACGGGCAAAGUGAGUCGAGUAACGAAUUUAGUAUCAUUCUGCAUUAUAUGAAAAGUUUAAACAAGAAAUCGCGUGUUAUGUUAGUACUGAAUUGGCCCUUACGUGAUUUUAAAAUGCCCAUGUCAAAAGAGCUCAUUUCCACGUUUUAAACAGACCAAAAUUUUUCAGUGUUAACUUGAAAUUUUGCUACUUUCUGUGUACUUAAACAUUUCUUGUGAUAGUUGGAUAGACAUAGCAAUAGG